AUGGCAGCUGCUAGUCUAAGUGAAAAACUUAGGUGCUCUCUAUGCCUGAGCAUCUUUAGAGAUCCUGUGAUGCUACCUUGUGCUCAUCUUUUCUGUAAUGAAUGUAUUUCGACCAGUCUUGACCAUCAACGGAAGUCUGGAAUUUACAUUUGUCCUGUAUGCAGAGCUGAGUUGAGACAGCGGCCGUUGCUACAGAAAAAUCUGAAGCUCUCUAACAUUGUGGAACAUUACCUUUCCUUUCAGCAAAAAGAGGAAGAUCCAGAAGUCUGCAUCAUGUCAUCUGGACUUGCUGGGCAAACAUAUCAGCAUGAUCUGAAAAACCACAGUAAGUCAGAGAAGCUAACUGAACCCACUGUUUCUUUGGAAAAAAAUAAAUGUCAGAUCCAUAAUGAAUUCUUACAGUAUUUUUGCUCUGAGGAUUCUGCAUUUAUCUGUAUGAGCUGCAGCAGAAUUUGCAAACACCAUGGACACAGGAUGGAGCUUAUGACAGAGGCAUUCCAGAAAAAGAGGAAAACCCUGUGCGAUUUUCUGAAGAAAAUACAUAUACGAACAGAGGAGACUGAGAAAAAACUGCAGAGACUGCAGGAACGUGAAAAGAGGGUACAAGGAAAAGCAACUGAAAUAAAAGAAAGGGUGGCAACUCUGUUUAAAGACAUAAGGGAAGAGAUUUUGACCUUAGAAUAUAACAUUAUAAGUGAAGUUACUAGACAGGAAAAGCAGGUUUCUUUCACUGUGAACAAGUUAAUCCACAGGUUAGAAAUGGAAACAGCAGAUCUGCAGGCAAAAAGGUGCCAUGUUGAGCAGCUCUGUAGUAUGACAGACCCAUUAGCCCUACUAAAGCAAACUGCAAUCAACACUGACCUUGGGAAAAAACGUUCUGAUAACACUAUAGAUGAGCUGGAUGAGGUAAGCAUUGCAGUGGAAUUGCAGAAAAGCUUCUCCAAACUCUCUGAUGUUAUUCCAAAACUAAAAAGAGCCAGAGGUUUUCUUGUGGAAGAUGCAUCUGAUAUGAUUCUAAAUGUUGACACAGCUGACCUAAACAUUGCUCUUUCACCGGAUUUAAGAAAUGCCUCUUACUGCAAGGAAAAGCAUUCACGGCCUCAUCAUCCAGAGAGGUUUAUGACUCAACAAGUAUUGAGCACAAAGCAAUUCUCUUCAGGACAGCAUUACUGGCAAGUCAAAAGUGGGAAUGCAGGGGACUGGUACUUAGGUGUGGCAUACAAUAGUGUCGAGCGGAAAGGUGACACGUCAUACAUUGGAAGCAAUAACAAGUCUUGGUGCUUAAGCUGGGUGGAUAAAGAAUUUAUAGCAGAUCAUGAUGAUGAACAUGAAGUAAUAAAAACUGAGUCAUCAACAUUACAUUUUGGGAUAUAUCUGGACUAUGAAGGAGGGCAGUUAUCUUUUUAUGAACUAUCAGAACCAAUCAAACAUUUAUAUACCUUUAGGGCAACUUUCACUGAACCUCUUCAUGCAGCCUUUUAUAUAGAUGAGGGCUGCUGGCUACAAAUUGGCAAUUAAAGAGGGUUGAUUAGUUAGAAGCAGUAAAUUGUGCCUACUGAAAACCAAUGGUGCUCAAAAUGUUUGCCAUAUUAUAACAUUUCAUGCUUAUAUAGGCUUCAUAGUGUCACCUGUUACCAGAAAUUAACAGUAAUGCAAUUAGCCUUCUAAAGGCCAUAGAUAUUACAUAUUUUCUCUUAAAGUAUAGCAAUGUAGUCAGUAUAUUGCAUGGACACUUUUCAGAUUUUUUUUCUCUAUUUUUGUUCAACAUUUUACAUUUGCUAUUAUAGAGAUGAACAAGAAUCUAUAUCAAUUCCCACAUCUAUAAACUUGGGCCAAAGGCCCAAUGGUUAAUUAAUGAAUAAUCUAUGAUAUAAAUUCAGCAAAAUUUUGGUAAUGUGUAAUUUUAGGAAGAUAUAUUUGUACUGCUUACUUAUAGUCCUGAUGAGGUUUAU